AUUGCGGUGAUGGGUGGGUUCUGGGCGUUUGAGCUGCUUCCGAUCGCGGUGACGGCGCUGCUGCCGCUCUUCCUCUUCCCGCUCCUCGGCAUAAUGCCCGCGCAGGCGGUCUCGCAGUCCUACUUUCAGGACAAGAACGUGCUCUUCUUUGGCGGUCUCGUCGUCGCCGCCGCGCUGGAGUGCGUGCGGGCGCACGAGCGGAUCGCGCUCACCACGCUGCUGCUCUUUGGGACGCGGCCGCGGCAGCUGCUACUCGGCUUCAUGGCCGCGACCGCCUUCCUGUCGAUGUGGAUGAACAACACGGCCACCACCGCGAUGAUGAUGCCGAUCGCGGAGGCGGUGCUGUCCUCGCUCGAGGAGACGGCCGGCGCGUGCGAGGGCAGCGGCCGCGCCUCGGGCCGGCGGGCGCUGCGAGAGUCGCUCGGCAAGGCGCUGAUGCUCGGCGUGGCAUGGUCGGCAAACAUCGGCGGGAUGGGCACGCUGACGGGCACGGGCCCGAACAUCGUGCUCGCCGGCGGCUUCGCCACCAUGUUUCCAGAGGCGCCCGCUCUCUCCUUUGCGGCUUGGCUCGCCUUCGCCACGCGCCUGGCUCGCUCCUCGUCACGAGCAGUGAUCUGCCUGCUGGUGGCGUGGGCCCUCCUCUCCGUCCGCCACCUGCCCUCCUCCGACGCCGGGUACAAUGCCAAGGCAACGUACGCCCUCCUCGUCGAGAAGCGGCGCAGCCUCGGCCCGCUCUCGUGGAGGGAGGCGGCCGCGGCCGUCCUCUCCGACUUCAGCCUGCUCGCCCUGCUCUGGGUCACGCGCCAGCCGGGCUUCGUGCCCGGCUGGGGCAGCUGGUUCGACGGCUACGCCACCGACGGCACCACCGCGGCCCUCAUGGCGACGCUGCUCUUCGCGCUGCCCGCCUCGCCGCCCAGCACUUCGGCCUGCUGCAAGGGCCUCGCGAGCCGCAUGCCCGCCGCCGGCCGCCGCCGCGCCAGGCUUGCCGACUGGCCGGAGAUCGAGGCGCGAGUGCCUUGGGGCGUGCUGCUGCUGCUCGGGGGAGGCUUCGCCCUCGCCGACGCCUGCCGCGUCUCCGGCCUCUCGGACCUGCUCAGCGAGCACCUCGACCCGCUCGCGUCGCUGCCCCCGCCGCUCGUCGUCCUCGCCCUCAUGGCGCUCGCCUCGCUCGCGACCGCCUUCGCCUCCAACGUCGCCACCGCCUCCAUCCUCCUCCCCGUCGUCGGCGCGCUCGCCGUGUCUCAGGGAUGCCACCCGCUCCUUUACAUGGCGCCGGUGGUGCUCGCCGUCUCGCUCGCCUUCUCUCUGCCCGUCUCGACCCCGCCCAACGCGCUCGCCUUCGCCUCGGGCCGCCUCUCCGUGCGCGACAUGGCGCCGCUCGGUGCGCUCCUCAACGUGGCCUGCUGCGCCGUCGUCUUCCUCUUCCUCUUCACCACGGGAGAGGUCAUCUUCGGGCUCGGCUCGCAGCCCGCUUGGGCCGCC